AUGGGACACACGGCUGACAAGCCUGAUCCCAUAGCUUCUCACGAGAGAUCGCCUCUCAUGGCUACCACUCGCACGGAAGAUGAGCAUGGGCAUUCUGUUCGACCUCAUUUGGUUACCGAAUCGUCUAAAAGCAUCUGGUACUUGCUUCUGUUGACUCUUUCUAUUGGCGGACUCCAGAUCGUAUGGUCCGUUGAACUUUCCAAUGGCUCGCCCUUUCUCUUAUCCCUCGGGAUGAGCAAAUCGCUUCUUGCCUUUGUCUGGAUAGCUGGCCCUUUGACCGGCGGUCUGGUGCAGCCUUACAUCGGCAUCAGAAGCGACAACUGCCGUAUGCCAUGGGGGAAAAGGAAACCAUUCAUGGUCGCUGGUAGCGCCGCUACAGUUGUUGCAUUGCUAGCACUGGCGUGGGUCAAAGAGAUCGUGGGUGGUUUUCUAUCGGUCUUCGGGGCUGAUCCAGCUUCCGGAGGUGUCAAGGUCUCAAUCAAUAUCGUGGCAACCAUUCUCAUGUAUUGUCUCGAUUUUGCCAUCAAUACGGUGCAAGCUGCUAUCAGAGCUUUCAUAGUCGACAACUGUCCCGCUCAUCAGCAGGAACUGGCAAAUGCCUGGGCUAGUCGGAUGACAGGCGUUGGCAAUAUUCUAGGCUACAUAUUCGGCUAUAUGGAUCUUCCAAGGAUUGUCCCGUUCCUAGGUAAUACACAGUUCAAGGUUCUCUGUGUGCUCGCUUCGGUUUCGCUCAGUGCAACUAUUGGGAUCAGCUGUGCAUACAUCAAAGAACGAGACCCUCAGCUGGACCCGCCUGUGACGGAUAAGCUGGGCGUCAUUUCCUUCUUCCGGCAGAUCAUCAAGUCCAUUCAGAAUCUGCCGACACAAAUUGCCCGGGUCUGCCAAGUGCAGAUCGCAGCGUGGGUGGGCUGGUUCCCAUUCCUGUUCUACUCAACCACCUACAUCGGACAGCUCUACGUGAAUCCAAUCUUUGCGAGCAAUCCCCACCUCUCCAAAGAAGAGGUUGAUCAGGCCUGGGAAGAUGCGACUCGCGUCGGAACAUUUGCGCUCCUUAUUUAUGCGAUUAUCUCGUUUCUCGCAAAUACAUUGCUCCCUCUUUUCGUGGUCCCGACUUACGACCCCGUGCCGACAAAUAUCCCUCACCGGGUAAACAUUGACGAUGCGUCUGACGACGAAGACCCAGCCGCGAGGCGAUUGUCAUUCUCUAGCAUGCCGACAGGCAAUGCAUCCGAGCCGCUUCUCGAUGGAAACGGAGUGGCACAGGAAACUGAGGGGAAGCCGACUUGGCUCACUCGUCUGCAGAUCCCAGGCUUGACGCUUCGCCAAGUUUGGUUCUUCUCUCAUCUGCUCUUCGCGCUUUGCAUGUUCAGCACUAUCUUCAUCUAUUCACACCAGGCCGGCUCGGCGUUUGUCGGACUGAUUGGUAUCUCUUGGGCUGUUGCCCUGUGGGCGCCGUUUGCUCUGAUUUCGGCCGAGGUGGCUAGAAUUGAUCCAUCUCGACGACACCGUCAGGUGAGCCGAGCUCAAGCUGAGGAUCAUGAUGAGCGCAGCAAUCUCACUGGUGAGGAUGUUGAGAUCGGCCACACUAGAGAUACUCACGAGGGUGGGGACGUCGCUCAGGCGGGUAUCAUUCUCGGUCUGCACAACAUGGCAGUGUCUUUGCCCCAAAUUCUGUCUAGUCUUGUAUGCAGUGCUAUAUUUAAGGCUGCUCAAAAGCCCCGAGGAGAACCUUGGGAUGACAGCGUGGGGUGGGUCUUGAGAUUCGGCGGGUGCGCGGCUCUGGUCGCCGCCUGGUUGACGCGGAGGGUUUCCGAUGGAUCUAGAUAG